AUUAUUUCAUGAAGUGCUUUAUAUGAAUAAAGAUGUGAAAUAUUCUUUACAUGAAAUGUAAUUAGUGUCAGUGAUCUUUAUUAUGUAAAAAAAAAAAAAAAAUUAGAAAGGAGAACCCCAUAACUCUUUUGUUCCAGGCCUGUAGCUUUGCAAAUUAGGCUUUGAUUUAAUUCUUCCUUUAAUUCAGUAAUGCAGACUUUUCAAAAGAAAGUUGUUACAAUCUAUGGCAGUUGUAUCUAUCAUAUCCAUUUCUUGGCAAAAUUUAACAUCUGUUACCAUUUUGAGGUGGUAGUGAAAAGAUUAUAUAUUAAGUCUGAAGUUGUAAAUGUCAUUUACUAUUCUCACCUGCCCAUCAAUGGCUCAACAGUAAAAUUUCUGAACAUGGAUAGUUUAAGAUAGGUUCAAAUCUGGGGGGAAUAGGCUGUCUGUAUAGGUAUUUUCAUGGUAUUUCUCAUGUAAGUGAAUACAAACCUGAAAAGUCCUUUCAGAACCAUCCUUUCCUUUAAGUUGAUAGCCCUUGUGAGCUAUGCCAUAAUGCAGUCUAAUCCAGUCCUUUUCUUAUCAUCUAUUUGCACUUUUUAAUGUUGCAUUCAGCACAUAAAGACAUCUUUCUGUUCUGGACAAAGGCAUCUCUGCUCCUUGUAGUAUGGUAUUAGCACCAGUUUUUUUCUAGUUCUGGGUGAAAACAAUGGAUAAUGAAGAGAAGGAGUCCCUUAUUUGUCAAUACAUGAAAGAACUUUUAAACAAUUAUAAUAAAAUAAGAGGAAGAUCAGUUGAUUCUCAAGAAUUAUUUUGGGAUGCUGUCAUUAUUUCUGCCAGUGAUACCGGUCAGAAAAAAGGUUAUGAAGCACAAAUAGCUGAGAAACUGUGCAGAGGAGAAAUCCCACUUGACAUUCCAUUUCAUGUAUUUGCUGAUCCACCUGGAUAUAAAAUUGAUUUAUAAACUGCUGGAGUAAAGAAUUAACAAGUGGUAGAAAUGGUUGGUAU